CGUCAGGGGGGGUCGCCUUUGCACAAAUUGACUGAAAGUUGGAAGAUCACAAGUAAUUAGCCGGUCUGAAGUUUCUGCCAAACAUAAGCACUGGUGGACUUACAGUAUUCUUACAGUAAUCAGUUUAAGGAAAAGAAAGUGUCGGGGAUCGUUCUCAAAAUGUCCAGAACUUUGACGUCUUUCAAACUCCUCAGACUUCUGAAGCGUGGAUUGUAUUCGGUGAACUGUAAAUCCCCUCUGAGAACAACCGGAUUGCGAUUAUUUAGUGUAAAGGUGCAGGCUGCUCAUUUGAUCUUGGAUGAUGGGACGAGGAUGCAAGGCUUCUCCUUUGGACAUCAAAGGUCGACUGCUGGGGAGCUCGUCUUUAACACAGGCCUGGUAGGCUAUCCAGAAGCUUUGACAGAUCCCAGCUACCGGGGGCAGAUUCUCACCCUCACAUAUCCCAUAGUGGGCAACUACGGGGUCCCGGACACAAAUGCAGUCGAUGAACUGGGGCUGAAGAAGCAUUUGGAGUCGGAGCGCAUUCAGGUGUCGGGCCUGUUGGUACAAGACUACAGCCAUGAAUACAGCCACUGGAAUUCUGUGAAGUCUUUGGCAGAAUGGCUACAGGAAGAGAAGGUCCCAGCACUGUAUGGACUGGACACCAGGAUGCUGACUAAAAUUAUCAGAGAUAAGGGAACAGUACUGGGAAAAAUUGAAUUUGAGGGAGAUCCAAUCGAGAUUUGUGAUCCCAACGAAAACAACCUUUUACCGGAAGUUUCCACAAAGGAAGUGAAGGUGUUUGGCAAAGGCAAUCCGAUUAAAGUGGUAGCUGUGGACUGUGGGGUGAAGUACAACAUCAUCAGGCUGCUGGUUAAGAGGGGAGCCGAAGUCCAUUUAGUUCCAUGGGACCACGAUCUUCUGCAGCUGGAGUACGAUGGUCUGUUCAUCUCCAAUGGCCCAGGAGACCCAGCAAUGGCGAGCCCACUCAUCCAAAACCUCCAUAAGGUACUGGAGAGUGACCGUCAAGAACCCAUAUUUGGGAUUUGCAUGGGGAAUCAAAUAACAGCGUUGGCCGCAGGAGCAAAAUCUUACAAACUGCCAAUGGGAAACCGGGGUCAGAACCAGCCAGUGCUGAACCUACUGAAUGGCCAGGCCUUCAUCACUGCCCAGAACCAUGGCUAUGGCAUUGACAACCAAUCCCUCCUGCCGGGGUGGAGCCCACUCUUCCUCAAUGUAAAUGAUGGCACCAAUGAGGGUAUAAUGCACAACGAUAAGCCGAUAUUCACGGCACAGUUUCAUCCUGAAGCAAAGGGAGGCCCGACAGAUACGGAGUUCCUAUUUGAUGCGUUCAUUUCCCUUAUAAAGCAAGGUAAAAGAACCAGCAUUGCCCAUGUAAUGUCCAAAAAAAGCAGCCUGCCACAGCAAGUCAAGGUGUCCAAGGUCCUGGUCCUUGGCUCGGGAGGGCUGUCAAUCGGUCAGGCUGGAGAGUUUGAUUACUCCGGAUCUCAGGCUGUAAAGGCCAUGAAGGAAGAAAACCUAAAAACGGUGCUGAUGAAUCCCAACAUCGCUUCUGUGCAGACCAACGAGGUGGGGACUAAGCAAGCGGACUCGGUCUAUUUCCUUCCUGUCACCCCAGAGUUUGUCACCGAGAUCAUUAAAGCAGAACGUCCUGAUGGGAUACUGCUGUCCAUGGGUGGGCAGACGGCCCUAAACUGUGGAGUGGAACUCUUUAAAAGUGGGAUUCUACAACGAUAUGGGGUUCAAGUCCUGGGAACGCCAAUCGAGUCCAUUAUUGCCACGGAAGAUCGACAAGUCUUUGCUAACAAGCUGAAGGAGAUCGAGGAGAAGAUCGCACCAAGCAUUGCAGUUGAGUCGGUGGAGGAGGCCCUUAGCUCAGCAAAGAAGAUUGGCUAUCCGGUCAUGGUGCGCUCUGCCUACGCCCUCGGUGGCCUCGGGUCGGGUCUUUGUGCCGAUGCAAAAAGGUUGGAGGAGACCGCCAAGAAGGCUCUGGCAAUGACCAGUCAGAUUCUCGUGGAGCAAUCCCUUCUGGGAUGGAAAGAGGUGGAGUAUGAAGUUGUAAGAGACGUGGCUGACAACUGUGUUACCGUCUGCAAUAUGGAGAACUUUGACCCCCUGGGAAUCCACACAGGUGACUCCAUUGUUGUGGCCCCCAGCCAGACACUUUCUAACGAGGAGUACCACAUGCUGCGUGAAACGGCAAUUAAAGUGGUGCGCCACCUGGGCAUUGUGGGCGAGUGCAACAUCCAGUAUGCUCUGCACCCUUCCUCGCUAGAAUAUCGCAUCAUUGAAGUCAAUGCCCGCUUGUCUCGGAGUUCUGCUCUCGCUUCGAAAGCCACUGGUUACCCACUGGCGUUUGUGGCAGCGAAGCUGGCCCUGGGCAUCACUUUGCCAGAGAUCAAAAAUGUCCUGUCAGGUACGACGACGGCCUGCUUUGAGCCGAGUUUGGACUACAUUGUGACCAAGGUCCCCCGGUGGGACUUGGACCGCUUCCAGGGCACCUCCAGGGAGAUCGGCAGUGCGAUGAAGAGUGUGGGAGAGGUGAUGGCCAUCGGGAGAACAUUUGAAGAAAGCUUUCAGAAGGCCCUGCGUAUGUGCCACCCUUCAGUUGAUGGAUUUAUACCGCGUCUCCCGCUCAAAAAACGAUGGCGUGAGAGCUUGGAUCUUCACCAGGAGCUUGCUGUGCCUUCCAGCACUCGUGUGUUUGCCCUUGCAAAGGCUUUUCACGACGGGAUGUCAGUCGAUGAGAUACACGCAUUGACGGCCAUUGACAGAUGGUUCCUUCAUAAGCUGAGCCGCAUUGUAGCCCUGGAGAAGCACCUGGGACAGUACAACUGCCAAGCCAUACCAGAUGCCCUUCUACUCAAGGCCAAACAGCACGGCUUCUCCGAUCGCCAGGUCGGUCAGAUCCUCGGAGCCGAUGAAGCCAAAUGCCGUGUUUUACGACUGGAAAGGAAUAUCAAACCCUGGAUCAAGCAGAUCGACACCCUUGCUGCUGAGUACCCUGCGGUGACCAACUACUUGUACUGCACCUACCAUGGACAGGAACACGACGUGGAGUUUGCUGAUAGGGGGGUGAUGGUGCUCGGCUGUGGACCUUAUCAUAUUGGAAGCAGUGUGGAGUUUGACUGGUGUGCGGUAUCAUGUAUACGAACCCUGCGGGAUCUCGGGAAGAAGAUAGUGGUGGUAAACCACAACCCGGAGACAGUGAGCACCGAUUUUGAUGAGUGUGACCGACUCUACUUUGAAGAGCUGUCUUUGGAGAGGAUCCUGGAUAUAUACCAGCAGGAGGGGUGCAGUGGAAGCAUCAUAUCUGUCGGAGGGCAGAUCCCAAAUAAUCUGGCCAUGCCGCUUUUUCAGAACAAAGUCAACAUUCUGGGUACGAGCCCCUUGCAGAUAGACCGGGCUGAGGAGAGGUCCAUUUUUUCCACCACCCUGGAUGAGCUGGACAUAGCCCAGGCUCCAUGGCAGGCUCUGACGUCUUUGGAGGACGCCUUAAUAUUUGCAGAGAAAGUGGGUUACCCCUGCCUUCUGCGACCUUCUUAUGUCUUAAGUGGUUCAGCUAUGAAUGUGGUGUACACCAAAAAUGAGAUGAAGCGAUUCCUGGAGGAGGCAACCCUCGUGUCUCAGGAGCAUCCAGUAGUGAUUACUAAAUUUAUUGAAGGAGCAAGGGAAGUGGAGGUGGAUGCGGUGGCCAAAAAGGGCAAGGUCCUUGUUCAUGCCAUCACAGAACACGUUGAGGAUGCUGGCGUACAUUCUGGGGAUGCCACCCUAAUGCUGCCCACGCAGACCAUCAGCCAAGGUGCUUUGGAGAAGGUGAAGACCUCCACUCGGAAAAUUGCUCAGGCUUUUGAGAUUUCGGGCCCUUUUAAUGUGCAGUUUUUAGUGAAAGGGAACAAAGUGAUGGUGAUCGAGUGCAAUCUUCGGGCUUCCCGGUCCUUCCCUUUCGUUUCCAAGACGAUCGGGGUGGAUUUCAUCGAAGUAGCUACAAGAGUGAUGGUUGGCGAAGAAGUGGAGACGUGUCGCCUCGCAACCUUAGAAAAUCCAAUCAUUCCCAUGGACUACGUGGGCAUCAAGGCACCCAUGUUUUCUUGGCCCCGGCUGAGGGAUGCAGACCCCGUGUUGCGCUGUGAAAUGGCUUCGACUGGAGAGGUCGCCUGCUUUGGGACUAAUAUUUAUUCUGCAUUUCUGAAGGCGAUGCUGUCAACUGGCUUUAAACUCCCUCAGAAGGGAAUUCUAAUUGGAAUUCAGCAUUCCUUUCGGCCACAGUUCUUAGCCACAGCCCAUCAAUUACAGGAAGAAGGCUUCAAGCUGUAUGCCACAGAAGCCACUUCCGCCUGGCUCAAUGCCAAUGAUGUGUCCUCGAUCCCGGUGGCAUGGCCGUCACAAGAGGAACAACAAAGCUCAGGGUCUCUGGCUAAAAUUUCCAGGUUAAUAAAUGGGAAAGAAAUUGACUUGGUAGUAAAUUUACCAACCAGCAACACCAAAUUCCUCAAAGACAACUUUCUCAUACGAAGGAUGGCCAUUGACCAUGGAAUCCCACUGAUAACAAACUUUCAAAUAGUGAAGAUGUUUGCAGAAGCCAUGAAGCACUGCAGAGAACUCGACUCCACGAGCCUCUUCCAUUACCGGCAACACAGCAAUGGGAAACAGUUCUGAGAGAGAAGCCGUUUUUGUUGACUUUUUUUAUUUUCGAUGGAAAGCCUUCAGUCCGCAUCGUCAGAACUCCAGAGUUCAAGGGAGGCUCAUUUGCUUUCCACAUGGACCUCUCCAGCCGGCGUGGAUGGUUACGUGGGAUCACAUCUGUACAGCAAGAGUAACAUCUGGAGCAGCGACACCCGGAAUGGGACAUCCUGGUACUUUGUAAGUAGAAGUCACAGAAGCCGUUGGUCUGCUCUGACCUGGUCCUAAAGAGACCACCACCGAAAGGGGGCCCUUCUUCAUGCUCUAACACAGAAAUUCACCUUACGGUUUUUAACAGAAGGAGGAAAACGAGAAAAACCAACGACUUUGUCAGAUCUUCUUGUGGAAACUGCUGUUUAGAGAA